AUGAGCAACUCCCUUGCUAGGCUAGUAUUCACCGCAUGGGCCGCUGAGAUUCUUCCAGAGUGGGAGGAAAUCAAGGAGGAGAGUGAGGUGAAAAAUUAUAAGCAAGGUGAAAAGGAUGAAGAAGAUCAAGUAAGGCAUGACAUGGAAGAUACAAAAAAAGAGGAACAGAAACCAGUGGAACAAGAUAAAGUAAUUGAAUCAGAUUUUGAUAAUAUUGAGGUCAAGGUGACACAGGAGAAGGAUGGGAUGUUAAUUGAUGAAGAGGAUGAAGCUCAGGCGGAAUAUGGCAGGGAAGAUGAUGAGGCGAGCAAAGAUCCAGCACUAUGGUUAUGGCCUAUGAAUGAUGAUUCUGUUCGUAACAUAAUCCUAGAUAAAGGGUAUGAAUAUUUGCAAAACAACAAUAGUAAUUUCUCUGCUUCUGUUCGCCAGUACAAACAUGAAAAAUUGACUAGAUCCUUAACUCUGAAGCUUUUCAAACGAACUUUUGCUAAUCAGGAAACGCAUAAACAUGAUGAAUUAAUAUUGCAAAUAAAACCCGAAGUCGAAUAUUGGAGAAAAAUAUUAAAACGUUUGGUGGAGGUUGUACGAUUUCUGUGUGAACGUGGUCUUGCAUUUCAUGGAACACAUGAAGAAUUUGGAUCUCCCGAUAAUGGAAAUUAUCCAGGGCUUUUGGAACUACUAGCUAAGUUUGAUCCAAUUUUAGCGAAACACAUAGAUUUAUAUGACAAUAAAGGUCAGGCCAGAAAAGUAUUUGAUCACAUAGUUACAGAAAUAAUGGAGGCAAAAUACUUUGGUCUUAUUGCGGACUCAACACCAGAUGUUUCUCACGUUGAUCAAUUGUCUAUAAUUAUUCGUUACUGUUUACAUGGCCAAGUGUAUGAGAGAUUUUUACAAUUCUUGCCAAUUUCAAGUCACACAGGAGAUUUAUUGAGUCGAGUAAUUUUGAAUGUGCUAAGCGAUAACGGGAUUUGCAUUAGUAACUGCAGAGGCCAAUCUUACGACAAUGCAAGUAACAUGUCUGGCAAAUAUGCUGGAGUACAAGUUCGUAUUAAAGAAGUAAAUCCACUAGCUUUAUAUGUUCCAUGUACUGCUCACUCUUUAAAUUUGGUUGGAACAAGCAGUGUCAAUAUAUGCAUUGACGCUAUUACUUUUUUUGAAUUUGUAGCCGGGCUUUACGCUUUUUUCGUCGCAUCUCCACAUCGAUGGUCUUGUCACGAUGAUGCUACUUCUGCUAUAUUUCGAAACUGCGAAGGGAUAUAUGCCACUCUUUCGGUGUUUGUUGAAAGUAACGACGAAAAGCCUGAUGCUCGAUUUGAGGCCUCUGUCCUUCAAAGCCAAAUGAGAAAACUGGAAAUUGCCUUCAUGAUUGUAUUUUGGCAUGAGGUUCUUGAUCGCUUCAAUAAAACUAGCAAAUUUCUGCAGACGGUGGAGUUAGACGUUUCCAUCGGAAACAGCAUGCUCAAGUCUUUAGUUCACUUUUUAGAAUCUUUGCCAGAUAAGUUCGAAAAAAUUGAAGAAUCGGCCAUGAAUUUGUCUAGCUUUGUUGCUAAGCAUUAUCAGGAUGAAAAUAAGUGA